AUGCGAAGAUCCAAGUCACAGAAGACUUCAGGACAAACAUCUAAACCUGCAGCAGCAGACCAGCGUACUGGUUCAAGGAAGAGAAAAGCAGAGCCAUGCCAGGGUAAAACUCCUGCAGCCAAGAAAGCAAAUGCAUCUGACAUUCAGAACCUGCGGUACAAAAAGAAACUGUCAGAGAGAAAGGACCAGUCUGGUUCAAACCAAUUUCCACAGAAUGUCAUACCAUGUCUCAGCUGGACCAACUCAGAAGAUGUGUGGAACAACAUGCUGUCCAAGGAGAUGAAGUAUAUCCAUGAUAAAAGCUUCAUGAAACAACAUCCCAGACUGGAACCCCAUAUGAGAAGCAAUGUUCUGGAUUACCUUACAAAGGUGUGUGAAGCUUAUGAACUUCAGCUAGAGACUUUUUACUUGGAGCAGGACAUCUUUGAUCGUUUUAUAAUGACUCAGGUGGACAUUGGCACAGACCAGCUACAACUUAUUGCUACAACGUCACUAUACAUAGCAGCUAAAGUGAAGGGCAGCUACCCACCGUGUAUUUAUGCAUUUGCUUGUGUCACCGAUGGCAUCUGUACCGAGAGUGAGAUACGUGACUGCAGAAUCCUGAAGGCACUGAACUGGCAUCUGCUUCCACAAACGGCGGUCUCCUGGUUAAAGCUGUACACACAAGUCGACGCUCUGAAGGACUGCCAUGAUUUCCUUGUGUGUCAGUUUUCCCAGGAGAAGUACAUACAGAUGGCCCAGGAUUGUCUUCAGCAGGAAGAGCAGAAGAACCAGGACUAA